AUGGAAAAGUUCUACACAGAAGAUGAAGAAAAACCAGAAAAUGAGGGCAAAGCAGAAGACAAAAUAGAGACUCAAGAUGAAGGAAAGCCAGAAGAGACAGCAAAACCAGACUUGGGGGGGAAGCUAGCCCAUGAGGGAAAGCUGGAAGGGGAAAGACAGCCAGGUGUGGAGGUACAAGGGGAAAAUGAGGGCAAGCUACAAAUACAGGGCAAGUCCAAGAAUGAGGGCAAGCCCCAGGGUGAGAGCACAGCAGCGUCCCAGGUACAGUCAACUAGUGAGCAGCAGCCCACCGGAAAGUGCCCUGUGGAAGAUUAUGUGCCCCGGAAAGCAAAAAGAAAAACUGAUAGGGCGACUGAAGACUCCCCCAGGGACUCUCAGGAGAAUCUACAGGGCAGGCAUUUGAGCAGUGGGGAGGUGAUGGCACAGUGUGCGGAUAUGUCAAGGGCUCAGGAAGAACUGAGGAAAAAACAGAGGAUGAGUAAUUUUCACUGGAUGCAAAGAGAGCUGCUGGAUUCGUACCCCCCAAGGGUCCCAAAAGGUGUAAGGGCAGUGAGGGGUGGAGGUAGGGGUCAGAAGAACUUAGAAGAUCAUCCUUAUGUUUAA